CUGCACUCUUUUGCAGGGGGAGGAGCAGUCAUCACGCAUUCCCAAGAUGCAGCUCUACCAGCCAAUCAUUGGUCUUGUUGUUACACUUCAGUUACAUGGACACGGUGAUUGGUCGAAAUGCAUCUUGGGUAUGUGUGAUGCAUGAUGGGAUAUUGCUGACAUCCAUGUUUGUAAUGCUACACUGUAAACCCGGAUUUCAUAUCUAAUCAAACAUUUUAAGUAUAAUCUACUUACAUGGCUCAAAUCGAUUAAGUUUUGAUUGCAUUACUAGCAGAUGUAAGUAUGUUAUACUAAUUUGUAGACCUAGUUGAGCCAGUGAAUAAUUUUAAGUGAAAUAGCUUAAAAUUCCCAAGUUUUAGUGAUGCAAUGCAUGAUGGGAACGUGAUCGCUGUCACUUUGCCGCCGAGAAAACGUCACUUUGCCGCCGUGUCCCUGCUUUUUGCCGAGAAGACGUCACUUUCUCGCCGCGCACCGGACGGUCCAGUGUCUACUAAAACUCGCCAGAGACGCGUCUUGGUGACACAGCCCGAUCCACGCUGAGCGAGGGACACGCACUCAGUGGGAAGAAGAGUGUCAUAGGAAGAUAUUCCUUUAAAACCACCAGUAUCCUGAUAUUGGCAACAAACUGAAUACAAACCUCUGAAAAAUAUGCUUUGGAAGUGAUUCCUGGAGAGCUUCACUACUGACAAGUUCUGCAGAUUCUGUUCGGCAAGCAGUUUUGACAAACAAUACCAAGAGGUAUGCUCUGGUUACUUUAAACUUCGAGACAAAGACUCCCAUGAUAAGCAGGUGCAGGAGGUGAGAGAGGAUCCAGCAUUGAGUCGGAUUUAUGGUGUGAAAAGAGCAUGUCCUUUAACUGAGAAUCUUGAGCACUUUCAUGCAGUCACUGGUUACCCUCCUGACAUCUUGCAUGAUAUAUUGGAAGGCAUUGUUCCAACUGAGUUGUCCCUUUGUCUUAAAGACAUGAUAGACAAGGGUUAUUUCACACUAGAAAUGUUAAAUCAGGCCAUCAGACACUUUAACUACACAUUUACUGACAAAACAGACCGACCUCAGAUUAUUGGAAAGGGAUUUUCCGCCAAAAGAACCAUUGGUGGAAAUGGCCAUGAGAAUUGGUGUCUCAUAAGGCUUCUUCCUUUUCUUAUUGGUCACUGUGUCCCUGAGGGUGACAACACUUGGGAAAUUAUCAUGCUUCUCAAAGAUGUGGUUGAGCUAGCUGUUGCACCAAGACACACUGAGGAGACACUGCAUUUCCUGGACUGUAAAAUAGCAGAGCACAGACAGCUGCUGCUGUCAACAUUUCCAGAUUUUCGUUUAAGGCCAAAACAUCACUUUUUGGAACAUUACCCUCAGCUUGUAAGGAAAUUUGGUCCCCUGUGUGAUGUUUGGACAAUGCGCUUUGAGGGGAAGCACAAGUUCUUCAAAAAGGCAAUUCGCAAUGUGCAAAACUUCAAAAAUGUUGCCAUGACACUUGCUACCAAACAUCAGAGAGCAGUCAGUUAUCACCUUGACUGUAGCUCUUUUUUCAGACCAUCAGUUGAGAUGACAAAGGUUACCCCAGUUUUGCUUGCCUCUUUCCCUUUGAACAUUCAGAGAGUACUCGCGCAAAAGAUUACAAAGCCUGAGUCUGUUCUUAAUGCAUCAUCUGUUUGUGUAGAUGGAAUCAAAUAUCAUCCCGGCAUGAUACUCUCUACUGGCUCAUGCUCAGGUCUCCCUGAAUUUGCCCAGAUUCAAAAAAUUGUGGCUGUUAACACGGAAAUUAUGUUUGUUUGCCACAAAAUGACAGCAUGGUAUUGUGAGCAUUUAAGAUCUUACCAACUUGUCUGUAAUGACGUCCCCUCUUUGGUUGUGGUUCAGAUGUCAGACUUGAAUGAUGUCUUCCCAUUAUCAGGAUAUAGGGUACAAGGAGAAUUUAUGGUAACUCUGAGACGAUAUGUUAUUUGCUAAAUACCUGUCUUUCAUCAUGAUUUCCCAGAUGGCUGAGCAAGAGAAUAUAACCAUGAGGGUUAUUGUCUCAGAGGGGGAUAUAAGAAAGAUGACGACAAAACGACCUGACACGCUUGAGGAUUUGAUUGGCUGGCUCAAAGGCAAUCUCAAAGCAAACUAUAGUUUCACCUUACAGUACCAAGAUCCUGAAUUUAACAAUGAACUGUGUAACCUCACCAAUCUCUCUGAGCUCCCAGAGAAGCCAACAAUCAAAAUCAUCCCUAUGAUUGAGCUGGUGCCAAUCUCAGCAGACACUGAAUCAUAUGGUGACACAAGCAGCCAGGCAGACACAGAGAUCCUGUCUAACUCCUCUCUGGAUAGAAGUUUUCAGUGGCCAGAGGUAUUUGACGUUCCCAAAUUUUCAGUUGAUGUUGAGUACAGACUUCGUCAAGGUAACCUGUUGUAUCUGAGAGAUGGAACAUGUCUUAAGGUGACAAAAGAGUUGAAACAUGAUAUACUGGAGAAAUUGGCCGAGACCAUGUAUGCAUUUAAAGCAUACCCAGAAAAGGAAGAUUUUGAAGCAGUUGCAAAAGCUUUAGUACAAACCCACCCGUGUCUCAAAGAAUCAGGGUCAUCCUCCGGCUGGAAUGGAUGGAAGAACAGUCUCAAGUUCAAGAUGGGAAACUACAGAACCAAAAUGCGCCAGAUUGGACGAGUUGAUGUCACUGUCAAUGGUGGUAAACGUGGAAGGUACACUGCAAAUGCCGACCCUUCUCACAAAGGCAUAAAAAAGCCAAGGAAAGGAGAAUUAAAUUUCCUACCUGAAUAUCCAGAGGGGAGGGAUGACCACAACCUGGAAGAAGCUCGCCAGGUUUUGGUCAAUGAAAUGAUGAAGAUGAGGCCAAAUGGGUCCCUUGUUAAGAAAAACAUGGACCUGACAUUUGCACUUCGGAGAAAAGAAGUUGUCCAAAACAAGCCUGCCAUCAGCCAGAUGUUGCAUAGAUGGCCAGCUCUUUUCACAGAAAGCCAGGUUUUUUACGAGUUCUCCAGAGUGGUGGGGAAAAGUCUGCAAGACAAUUUCUUUGAUGAACUUGACCAUUUCUCUCCAAGGCUGGUGGACCUCUUUCGGAAGAAGAAAGGCCUUACCGGCCAGCUUUUGGCUGAGCUUUUACGUCAGACAAAGACCACUGAGCCAACAGACAUCAGGUGCCUUUGUCUUCGGGGACUCCCUGUCAUCUUGGCGGAUGAUUCUUCUGCCUUCUUCAGAACAUGCUCUGAUGUAACUGACAAGGACUCGUACAGUGAAACUUCAGUGGGAAUUCUCUGCCUUGGUCAAGAAAAUACCCAGCUCAACCCAUCCAGAGUAGGGAUCAUCUUGGAAGGGUCUGUGGUAAUGGAUGAACUGUCAAACCUACCUCAGGCCUUCUGUGUCCUUUUUGGACUGAUCUAUGCCCUACACCUGGACUACCCCAAGUGCAUGAAAAACACUUUCAAUUUUAUUCAGCAAGUAAUGCUCAAACUGGGUAAAAGUGAGCUGGUACCCAAAAUUCAAACUUUGAAAAAUCAGCUGGAAGCAUAAAUCGUGUUCAAAAUGGCCCUUCUACUGUUCAAGAUUUGUUUGCCACAGUUUGUAAUGUUGGACUUUUAUGAAAACAUGUUUAUUGUUGUGUAAGGUUUGGGAUACAUGUGUUCUGUGGUAUUUGCACUGAUUUUUGCACAGGUUUCCAUGACACAGGCUUUAAAAAAAUUUCAUUUCAAAAGAGUUUAAUAUUUUAGUUACAAUACCAACUAAAAGCUAAAACAUUUCCCUAAUAGGAGUGUAAGUUACAAUACGGUUUUAAUGUGAUUUGUUGUAAUAAGGAUGUACACAUUAUUAAUACAAUAAGUGUUUUUGAUGGUGCUUUGUUUUAUGCAAUGUUCAGGGCAUGAAUGACACACAUUUUGCCACUGUUUCUGGCUUAUGAUUCAAAGUUGUUAAAGCAGGGACAAUGACCCUGUAACGUAAUGCUGUUUUUAAAUAAAACAGUAAAAAAAACUUUUGUGUUGCAUAUUUUUCUUAAUUGAAACGUUCUAGUUAAGCAAAUGCAAUGAUGAAUACAAAGGUUUAGUUACUUCAACUUAAAAUAUUAAGUGGAGUUCAUGUGACAAGGUAAUUGAUAUUACAAGAGAUUGUAAGUGAAAUCAACUUGGCAUUUAGUAUUUUGAACUUAAAAUGAUAAUUCCACCCUUUCAUGCAUUUAAGUUAAAUGCACUCAAGUUUUCAUAACCCAUUACUUAAAAAAUUUAAGGCAACCGGUUUCCUCAAAUUUUUUAAGUAAAUUCAACUUAUCCGGGCUUACAGUGUAGGAGCUUAACGGGUGUUACAGCUGAAAGCGGCUUUUGCGGCCGGACGGAGAGGAUAACCGUGGUUAUGAAUGACUUAUGACGUGAAUAAUUAUUUUGUUUCCACAAAUUAAUUAUGUGCUUUGAGUGAUGUGGGGGUAAUUCCAGUUCUGGUCCAGGACUUCUGGUUCUGGACGUUGAUGUCUGCAGCCAGGUCCUCUUCACCAUGACAGCAAAACAUGAGGCUCAGUGUUUUGCCAAAGGACACUUGAACACAUGUGCAGGCAGAUUGGGAAUCAAACCUGCCUAAACUGCUCCCCCUCUGCAUCAUGACCAACCCCCCCACUAAAGUGAAGAUUGCUUGGUAUCUGUUGAAGGCCAUGUGAUUGUUCAUUUAAGUACAAAUCACGAAUAAAUGGACUGGCAGAAUCAGUCUUUAAUAUAAGUUCAGGAGGCCAUCCAAAAA